AUGAAGUGGUUCGUACAUGAAUGGGAAGAAGCCAUCCUUGACAAGAAAAACAAUGUGCCAUUCCCAUUCCACGAGCUUGCUGAAGUUAACCAUCUCGAGAAAUUACAAUCACUUUUGCAUAACGGUAAACUUCACCAUGAGGUUGAUAACAACGGCUGGACUCCUGCCGACGUUGCCAGUAGAUAUGGGCAUCAUGAGCUCGCAGCAUAUCUUCGCCAAACUGAACCUGCAAGAGACAUUAGCGCAAGUAAUAUAAAACUGCCAUUGAACAAGCGUCUUGAUAAAUAUUUCUGCUGUCUUCGCACGAAAGAAGCUAUUCCUCCAAACUUGAUAUAUUUCUAUUUCGAAGUGAAGAUCCUUCGUCAGUUAGAAAUGAAGAACCUCACCUUUAUUUUCUGCCGAUUCUCCAAACACAGAGAGUGUGUUGUGGGCUUCUGCCAGUCUGACGAUCCUGAAAACAAUCUUCCUGGGUGGCAUGAAGGCUCCUUUGCAUAUCAUGGAGACGAUGGAGGAUUUUAUGUUAGUAACGCCGAAGGUGACGGUCAAAAAAGCGAUGAGACCUUUGAAGAAAACGACAUUGUAGGCUGUGGCUUGAAUUUUGAGACUGGAUAUGGCUAUCGCACCAAGAAUGGUAUUCUUCUCGGUUCCAGUUUUCGGUUCCAAGAAGAACAAUUCUCGAUUGGGAGAUUUUAUCCUUGCAUUGGAGCAAAGACCAACGGUGAAGGAGACCAGUUUCAACUCCACAUUACCCUUCGAUCUUCUCCAGAGCACCCAUUUCACUACAAAGGACCAUAUAACAGGCUUUUACUGAGAACUGAAUGGGACGAUGACAAACUGUCUGUGACUAGUUCCAGAGAGGUUUCUGACACAGGUCUCGACGAUGAGACCAACGAAGGAUGA